UUCUCUCUCUCUCUAGUCUCUAGACUAAAACAAACCCUAGCAUUCUAUUUCUCUCUCCGGGGUAAAAAUAUAUAAAUUAAAAAAAGUUAAAAUAGAAAAAUAAUUCGGCAAAUGAUCUUCAAUUAGGGUUUCGAAUCAGAGGUCUGUUUUUGGGCGUAUCAAAUUCCCUGGUUGAAUCAUCCAAAUUGAGGCUAUAUCUCUUCUGAUCUUCACCGUUUCGAUGUUAUCCAUGAAAGAUCUGGAAGUGGGUUUAAGUUGUGUCAGAUGGGAUAGAUGAAUUGGGGGUUUCGGUGUGGGGCGUUCAAAUUGAGGGAUUGUUGAUGGAGAUUAGUGUAGGAAACUCAGGAGGUAGUAAAACAAAGUCGUUGGAUCUCAAAACACUUUAUAAAUCGGAGGUGAGUAACAAGGGGGAGCCUGUCAAGAAGGAAACGAGUAGUUGGCUGGGAAAUGGUGAGGGAGCGGAGGCAAAGAAGAGAAAGAACAGGAAUGAGGUGGCUAUUAGUAGCUUUGAGGAUCUGGCAGAGAGGAAAAGGGUUAAGCAUGGCAUAGAUGAUAUUGAAGUUGAUGGGGCUGAUUCAUGUUCUGCUCAGUCAUCUGGGCUUGCUCAGAAGAUUAAUGGUGGUGCUGGCUUGAAUGCCAUUGGUGUUAAUAUUGGUAGUGACAGCCAUGGUGUACUUAUUCCAAAGCGUCCACGGGGAACAGUUGGGCGGAGUAAGUUUGCUAAGAGUCAUCUUCUUAAACCAUCUGCAUCAUCAGAUUCUGUUGAAAAGGUUACCAAGCUGAAGGAUGAGGUGAAUGAAGAUAUGCAGGAUGAGGUUUCUGGCAGGGAUGAACCUGUGGAUAGUAAGGCCUCUUCUGCAGAACAGAUUAUUAAGUUAAACGGUAACAAUGAGGUUGAUCAGAAGGGAGUGGUUGAUUCCAAAGGGAAUCAAAAACAGGAAUCAACCACAGUUACUUCAAAUCUGCAUGAAAAGAACGGUAAGCCGGAUGUUUCACUGGAAAUUCCACAGGAAAAUGUUUCUAGUGCAGAUGCACACGUAAACAGUAGCUCAUUGGGUUCCGAGUUAAAAAAAGAGAUUGAUGAAAUUCCACAGGGCAAAGUUCCUGGUGCAGAUGCAUCCCUAAGCAGUAAUUCUACUUCUGCUGACCAGAUGGGUAAGUUAAAUGGAAAUUCCAAGGGUCAACCUAGAAACAAUGUUAAGAGAAAGGGAAUAAUAGAUGGUAAGCAAAAGGAGGAUUCUGCAGCAGUUGAUCUUGAGAAGGGAGAAGGUACCGAAAAAGAUUCAUCUUCUAAAAGAAACAGGAGCAACCAUAGGAAAAGAAAGUAUCUGGGAUCAGGCAAUGAGGCAUCUGUUGAGAAAAACGUUGGUGCAUGUGACCUUGAUCCUGAUGAUGAUCUUGAACAGAAUGCAGCUCGGAUGCUUUCAUCUCGUUUUGAUCCUAGCUGUAUUGGAUUUGCAUCAAAAAACAGAACUUGUGCUUCUGCUGAAUUAUCUGUGAAUGGGGGGGAGUCUCUUUCAGAAAAACCUACUGCUUCAGAUGCUGAUGCUGAUGCUGAUGCGGCAGACAGAGUGUUACGCCCCAGGAGACAGCAGAAAGGUAAGGGGGCCUCUAGAAAGAGGCGCCACUUCUACGAAGUACAUUCUGAUGACAUGGAUGCUCACUGGUUCCUGAACAGAAGGAUUAAGAUCUUCUGGCCUCUAGAUGAAAGUUGGUACUAUGGCCUGGUAAACGAUUAUGAUGCAGAAAAAAAUCUUCAUCAUAUAAAGUAUGAUGAUCGGGAUGAAGAAUGGAUUAGUCUUGAAAAUGAAAGAUUCAAACUAUUGCUUCUUCCUUGUGAAGUUCCACAAAAGCCAAGCCUUAAUAAAGAUACAGAUACCCACAAGAAAGACAAGGGAACCAGAUCCUUUCACAUAAAAGACGAGGCCUUUAUGGCGACCCAUAUGGAAUCAGAGCCAAUCAUCUCAUGGUUGGCUCGUCCUUCUCAUCGAGCUAAAUCGUCUCCUUUGAAAAAGCAAAAACAAUCACAUGUUAUUGAUAGAAACAUGCUUCUUCUGGAAAGAGAAACCGACAAGCCGAACUGCACUUCUGUUUUUUUAAGCACAUCAAAGGAAAGCUCUAAUAGCAGUGAAGGACAUCUACCUAUUGUUUAUGUGAGAAGGCGAAACCGCAGGUUUAGUGAUGCAUCAUGUGUACCGUUUGUUGCAUGGUCACUAAAUAGUGCAGGUGGGUUGAAGUUAGAUACAGCAUUGAUAGAAUCUAAAAAGUUUGAAAUAUGCAUAUCACUUUGGCCUAUGUUGACAUACGUACUUGGGGCGGACAUAUUAUGGUUAUUUUCCCGUCUAUUGCUGCUUCAGUAUGGAACCAUGGUUGCCAUGUGGCCUACUGUUUUCAUGGAGGUGCUGUUUGUUGAUAAUAUUGUUGGGUUGAGGCUGUUUCUUUUUGAAGGCUGCUUAAAGCAAGCUGUGACCUUUGUUUUCCUAGUCAUGAAAGUGUUUUGUGAAGCUGAGAAAGACGAGUCUAUCAAACACCAAGUUCCAGUGACAUCAAUAAGAUUCAAACUUUCUUUCUUUCAGAACUUCAGAAAGGAGAAGGUUUUCGCGUAUUAUAGUUUCUCAAAGGUGAGAGAUUCUAACUGGCGGUAUCUUGAUUCUGAGUUGCAGCCACAUUGUUUACUUACAAAACAGCUGUCUCUUCCUGAGUGCACAUAUGACAAUGUUAAACUACUGGAAGCUGGAACACAACAGUCACAAAUACCUUUUGCUGCUCAAACUGCUUACUUUGAGGUUUUCCAUAAAAAACCAAAUCUUGGUGCUGUGAUCAGUAGCAGUCCUAGAUCACCGUGCAGCCCUGUACCUGGGAGUCGGCCUUCAACAAUUUACAGUUUGAAAAAUGGGAAUCUUCCUCCAUUUGCUCUUUCAUUUUCUGCUGCCCCAAAUUUCUUCCUUAGCAUGCAUCUCAAACUUUUAUUGGAACGUAGCAUCGAUUCAUUGAGCCUUCAAGACCAUGAUUCUCUUCACCCCCCACAGGAUACUUUCCAUCAACAUGCAGAUGAUGAUGAUGAUGAGAGCCUUUCUAGUGGAUCUCCUGCCAUUGAUGAGAAGCCAACCCAACUUGUUCUUGAUCCAAUUUCUAUCUCUUCUAAAUCUGGUCAAAUUAGUGUUGAAAUCCCGGCAUCUGAUGAAAUUUACAUGGAUUGCCAGAAAACACCUGGCGCUGAUGUGGCUUGGAAUCUAAGUGAUGACAUCAUCUGCAGCAGCCCUCCUAACCCUACAGCCCCUAGAAGUUUGUGGACUCGCAACAAAUCAUGGGCGGAUGGGAAGGCAGAUUUUAUUGGGAAUGGAUUCAGCAAUGGGCCUAAGAAGCCAAGAACUCAGGUCCAGUACACAUUGCCUUGUCGAGAGUUUAAUUUUAAGAAUAAUAAAGGAGGGCAUAACCAGACUGGUCUUCCUUACCAGAGAAUCAGGAGAGCAAACGAUAAGAAAACAUCAGGACCAGAUUCUUCUUCUAAAGGACCUCGAAGGAACCUGGAGUUGGUGGCCUGUGACGCGAAUAUAUUGAUCAACGAUGGGGAUAAAGGGUGGAGAGAAUGUGGGGCAAGGGUAUUUUUGGAAGUUGCUGAUCAGAACGAGUGGAAACUUGCAGUGAAAUGUAGUGGGGUGUUGAAGUAUGCACAUAAGGUGCACCAAGAUUUACAACCGGGUUCAACGAACCGCUACACUCAUGCGAUGAUGUGGAAAGGAGGAAAGGAUUGGGCACUUGAGUUCCCAGACAGGGGUCAGUGGGUUCUUUUUAAGGAAAUGCAUGAGGAAUGUCACAAUAGGAAUAUACGAGCAGCAUCCAUAAAAAACAUCCCGAUUCCUGGUGUUCGUUUGAUCGAGGAUUUGGUUGAUGAUCAAGAAGAGGCGCCUUUUGUCAGAAGCUCAUGGUACUUUCGCCAGGUCAGAAAUGAUGUUGAAAUGGCCAUGGAUGGAUCACAUGUUAUGUAUGACAUGGAUAGUGAAGAUGAAGAGUGGGUUUGUAGGAGUAGGAGUAGGGAAAAUGAAAUGAUCUCUGAUGAGGUUUUUGAGAAGGUUAUGGAUAUGUUGGAGAAGCUUUCGUAUGCUCAGAAACGUGAUCACUUUACAUCCGGAGAAAUUGAAGAGCUGAUUGCCAGAGUAACUCCCAUGCAAGCCGCCAAAACCAUUUACGAGCAUUGGAGGGAAAAGAGGCAACGCAAAGGAAUGCCACUAAUCAGACAUCUCCAGCCUCCAUUGUGGGAAAGAUACCAGCAAAUAUGUAGAGAAUGGGAUCAAUCACAGCAUUCACAGCCCAAGUUGUUGACAACAGGCGUGUUGAGUGGGUCCCAGGAGAAGGCAUCAGCAUCAGCAUCAGGAGCAGGAGCAGCAGAUGAUAAACCCCCCAUGUUUGCUUUCUGCUUGAAGCCCCGAGGUCUGGAAUUGCUCAACAAGGGUUCCAAACACAGACCACAUAAGAAAAUCUCACUCUCUGGCCACAGCCAUGCCUUUUUAGCCGAUCAUGAUACCCCUACCCCCCAUCAUGCUUCUGCUUCUGCUUCUGGAAGAAGAGUAAAUACGCAUGUUUUAGGAGACGAUCGGGCGGAGUCCUCAGAUGUUUCUCCACUGCUAUCAAGGAUGUAUUCGCCAACUGGCCCAGGCCAUUUCUCUUUAGACGGGGACGCAUCGGAUUGGAAUCACCAACUCCGACUCCAACGAAACACCUCCAACUCCAACUCCAAGACCAUUAAACCACUCAUAUCCCCAAGACCUUGUGCCCCUCCAUCCACCUUCCGGAAGCCCGGAAAAAGAAACAACGGGAACGGGAAAAAACCAAAUAACCUUUUCCCCGAUUGGCACAACCACUCAAGUCCACCAUAUCGCCACCCCGGCCAACUCCUCCUGGGCGGCUCUGAUCUUGAUGAAUUCAGACUCCGGGAUGCCUCCAGUGCCGCCAAGCAUGCCCGGAAUAUGGCGAAAUUAAAAAGAGAACGAGCUCAGAAACUCAUGUUGAGUGCUGACCUGGCGAUUCAUAAGGCGGUUUCCGCUCUAAUGACAGCUGAAGCAAUCAAGGCUAUGAAUGAGUGAAUGAAGGGUAUUUUUCGUCUUUUGUUGAUAGGUUGAUUUUGAUUUUUGAAAUUUGUUCCAACUGUGCCCGGUUUUGGUACAUUUGGUAGUUGGUUAGGCCAUAGUUCUCCCCGAAGCAUCAGAAUGUCGGUCGCUUGUGCACAAUGCGAUUUUGAGUUGGUGCAUUUGUGGGAUUAGGUUGGGGGGGUGUCGCACUUUUGGUUAGACAUUAUUUCAUUUGUACAGAAAAUUGCCACCCUCCUCAACCCAACCCUCCAAAAAAAAAGCAAAAAAAGAAUAUUGUGGUUAGCUAAAAUAAUAGUGUUGUGCAACUGAAAACUCACUCAUGAUUGGCAUGAGAAUGAAUACAAAGAAAAGGGAAGCAAGUGGCAUUAGUCAGUCAUAUUAGUUACUACUGUCUUCAUAAUAUAUUGAUUUUCAUUCAUUCA